AUGGAGAGCUUGGCGCAGCCCCCGCCGCCCCCGGGCGCGCUGAAGAGGGGCGGCGGGGGCGCUGCGGGCCGAAUCAUCCUGGAGGGGUCAGUGGAGGAAGAGGCGGCGGCUAACGGGGGUAGUGGCAGGGAUGGACCCGUCACUGCUGAGGAGGGCGGCGGGCAGUGGGGUCCUUCCCCUCUGCUUCUUCCCCCGCCUGCUGCGGGCCCCGGGAGGGACUCUCCUCCCGCGCUGGGGUCUCCUGUGUCUGCCACUGAGAACCGCCGGUCCGCUGCGGACUGCGCGGAGCCAGCAGUGACUGAGAGCCCUGAGGCGGCUCCUGCCUUGGAGAGCGGCCCCGGGGAGGCCGGCAGCAGCGGCGACCCCAGCCCCCCAGAGGAGGAGUCGCGGAGCUUGGACUCCCUGGAGUCCUUCUCCAACCUGCACUCCUGCUGCCCGAGCAGCUCCGAGCUCAAUAGCGAUGCCGAGGAGGUGGCGGCGGCAGCGGAGGGCAAGGCCCCGAGCCCCGGAGGGGAUGGGCCCACGGCGGCGGCUCAGCUCUUGUCUGCCUCUAAGGAGCGCUUUCCCGGCCAGUCGGUCUAUCACAUCAAGUGGGUCCGCUGGAAGGAGGAGAAUACCCCGAUCAUCACCCAGAACGAGAACGGGCCCUGCCCGCUGCUGGCCAUUAUGAACGUGCUGCUGCUGGCUUGGAAGGUCAAACUGCCACCAAUGAUGGAAAUCAUAACUGCUGAACAGCUGAUGGAAUAUUUAGGAGACUAUAUUCUUGAUGCAAAACCAAAAGAGAUUUCUGAAAUUCAACGUCUAAAUUACGAGCAGAAUAUGAGUGAUGCAAUGGCUAUCCUACAUAAGCUACAGACAGGUCUGGAUGUGAACGUGAAGUUCACUGGUGUACGAGUUUUUGAAUACACACCUGAAUGCAUAGUGUUUGACCUUCUUGAUAUCCCUUUGUACCAUGGAUGGUUAGUGGAUCCUCAGAUUGCUGACAUUGUGAAGGCAGUUGGUAAUUGUAGUUACAAUCAAUUGGUGGAGAAGAUAAUCUGUUGUAAACAGUCGGACAACAGUGAGCUGGUUAGUGAAGGAUUUGUAGCUGAACAAUUUCUGAACAACACAGCCACUCAGUUGACAUACCAUGGGUUAUGUGAGCUGACUUCAGCAGUUCAGGAAGGAGAACUUUGUGUGUUCUUCAGGAACAACCAUUUUAGCACCAUGACCAAAUAUAAGGGUCAGCUUUAUCUACUGGUGACAGAUCAGGGUUUUCUUACAGAAGAGAAAGUUGUCUGGGAAAGUUUACAUAAUGUAGAUGGCGAUGGAAAUUUCUGUGACUCUGAAUUCCACCUUCGGCCUCCAUCAGACCCAGAAACUGUAUAUAGAGGGCAGCAGGAUCAAAUCGAUCAGGACUAUCUGAUGGCAUUGUCUUUACAACAAGAGCAGCAGAGCCAAGAUAUCGAUUGGGAGCAGAUCCCAGAAGGAAUCAGUGACCUAGAGCUGGCAAAGAAGCUGCAGGAAGAGGAGGAUAGGCGGGCUUCUCAGUACUAUCAGGAACAAGAACAAGCAGUUGCAGCUGCUGCUCAGGUCCAGCAGGUGCAAGGAGCUGCUUCUCCAGCAAGUGGAAGACAAUCUGGAAGUAGUGAACGCAAACGAAAAGAACCUCGAGAGAAAGAGAGGGAGAAAGAGAAAGAAAAGAAUAGUUGUGUUAUUUUGUAA